ACAUGUCUCUCUGUCUCUCUCUCUCUCUCUCUCUUCUUCCCCGCGUCUGACUUGACAUUCUCUUUUUUAGGAAAGCUUUGAUUAAUCCGUUGACAGUUUCACAUCGAUUCUCCCCAAGUUUCUCCUUCUGCAGAGAGAGAAGAUUGGAAUUUCAUCUUUUUAUGUAUCCUCUGUGUCUUUGUUUCUGCUGCCCUAGUUUUAGCUUCUGCCUCUUUCAGCAGACGUGAAUACUGUCUCCAAUUUUAAGAUCUGACUCAGCAGCUUUAGUGGACUCAGGAAGACAAAACCUUUUUCUCUUUCCAUUGGCUGCAUGCCAAAAAAGGCCAAUUGCUUUCGGUUGCCGCAGCGGAUGAUUUUGCUGAACUCGCCCAAAUCUGCAACUUUGUUGCAAUUGCAAAUCUCUCUUCUUGGUUUCGGGUUGUUUUUUUUGGUAAUCGUAUCAACAACCCUUGUACAUAGUUUUUGAUUUGAAAUCAGAUAAAGAUUCGGGAUUUGGUACUCUACAGACAAAUUCUCCUACGUCUAGGUAUCUGAACUUGGUGGGAUAGGAUUAAGAGUGGUUAGGAGGGAAUGAGAAAAUUGUAUAGGAAGCUCAGAGACCCAUUCGCUAGGGUGAAGAGACAUGUUACUUCACAUUCAAGGUUCAGAGACAGAAACUGGAUGUUCCCUUUUAUAGCAAGCUUGAUCAUCUCUAUUACUCUCCUCCUCAUCUUGUUUAUUUCUGGCCAAUUCGACGGCGGCUUCUAUGCGGAAGAAGCUCAAUUACCACCAUUAGAUUUAGAUGUUGUUGAGCCAGAGUCUAAUGACUACUUUGUAGAAUCAGGUUUCGAAAACUCUUCGCCUGCUCAUGUUGUACAUCCAGAGCCUCCUACUCCUCCUAGGUUAGCUUAUUUGAUAUCAGGAACCAAAGGCGAUAGUCAUAGGAUGAUGAGGACUUUACAAGCUGUCUACCAUCCUAGAAACCAGUACGUUCUGCAUUUGGAUCUUGAGGCUCCACCUCGGGAACGGAUGGACCUGUCCAUGUCUGUUAAGAAUGAUCCUACUUUCCGUGAAUUGGACAAUGUUCGCGUCAUGGCUCAGUCUAAUCUUGUUACUUAUAAAGGCCCUACAAUGAUUGCUUCUACUCUUCAAGCCGUCGCUAUUUUGCUGAGAGAAAGCUUACAUUGGGAUUGGUUUCUUAAUCUUAGCGCCUCAGAUUAUCCUCUAGUAACACAAGAUGAUUUGCUACAUGUCUUCUCAAACCUGUCUCGGAAUGUCAAUUUCAUCGAGAAUAUGCAGCUCACCGGAUGGAAACUGAAUCAGAGGGCUAAAUCAAUCAUUGUUGAUCCUGGCCUAUACCUAUCAAAGAAAUCCGACAUUGCUUGGACUACUCAACGACGAUCACUUCCAACUUCUUUCAAGCUAUUCACCGGCUCAGCUUGGAUAAUGUUGACACGGUCUUUCCUUGAGUACUGCAUUUGGGGAUGGGAUAAUUUCCCAAGAACAAUACUAAUGUACUACACAAAUUUCGUAUCUUCUCCUGAAGGAUACUUCCACACAGUGAUCUGCAACAGCAAAGAGUUUGUCAACACUGCUAUUGGGUAUGAUCUACACUACAUUGCUUGGGACAGUCCUCCAAAGCAACACCCGAGAUCUCUCUCCUUGAAGGAUUUUGACAAUAUGGUCAAGAGCAAAGCUCCCUUUGCGCGUAAGUUCCACAAGAACGAUCCGACGCUAGACAAGAUCGAUAGAGAGCUAUUGGGACGGACACACCGGUUUGCACCUGGAGGAUGGUGUGUUGGGAGUUCAGCUAAUGGCAAUGAUCCGUGCUCUGUGCAAGGCGACGACUCAGUGUUGAAACCUGGACCUGGUUCUGAGAGGUUGCAGGAGCUUGUUCAGACACUUUCUUCUGAUGAAUAUAUGAGAAAACAGUGUUCUUGA